UCGCGGCGCCUUCACACGAUGUCGUCCGCCGUUCGAUUUUUCGACGUCCGCCGUCGCGACGGCUCGCCGUUUCGGGAUAUAUUAGGCGCGAUGGUCCUGUGAACCGCGCGAAUCAUGGUCGGAUCCGCAAGCAUGGACGAGCACGAGCGUAAAAUCGUGAUGGAAUUCGUACACCUGCUCGAAAAAUCGAAACAAUUGUUCAACGGGUUAAGGGACCUGCCGCAGUACGGCCACAAACAGUGGCAAGCGUACUUCGGUAGGACGUUCGACAUCUACACGAAACUGUGGAAGUUUCAGCAGCAGCACCGCCAGAUACUGGACACCAAAUACGGUCUGAAACGGUGGCAAAUAGGGGAGAUCGCCUCCAAGAUCGGUCAGCUCUAUUAUCACUAUUAUUUAAGGACCAGCGAAACGAAUUACUUAAACGAGGCGUAUUCGUUUUACGCCGCGAUCAGGGGACGUGCUUACUACUCGAGGGCGUCGAAAGAGGACAGAGUGUCGAAUGAUACCGCCAGGAUCCAAAAUCAUCCGCGUCCCGGAUGUAGUUCCUGGAAAGAAAGCAAAAGCUCGGGGUCCGAGCUGAUGGUGAAGAAGUUGCGGUACUAUGCGCGUUUCAUCGUCGUCUGCCUGCUGCUGCGCCGCAUGAAACUGGUCAGGGAGCUCAUAGGCGAGCUAGAUAGACAUAUCGUAGAUUACACGAGCACCUACGAGCCCGACGAUCAGAUCGAGUGGAGUCUGGUGCUCGACGAAAUCAAUAGGUUCAUCGCAGCUGAUUCGCUGGUCACCGUUUUGCACGCAGACACCAAUCCCAUCGUGCUCUCCCACAGGCUGAGCCCGUUGACGACGCCGCCCGUGGAGAAGUCGCAGUUCAUGAACCUGACGCUGCAGGAAAUCCUGAUCGUGGGCAGCGCCUCCGAUCAGGUGAAAUUUUCCGAAUUGACGAUGGAUAUGUUCCGGAUGAUCCAGACUCUGGAACGCGAGCCCCAGGAGGACUUCAAUCACAUCUACGACGCGUCGCCUGCGCCGGGACGCGCCCCCUACGGUGUCCCCGGCUCCAAGGGGUUCCUGGAGAACGGCGACAGGCCGCUGCGCAGGGAGAACCCCCACAAGUAUCUGCUGUACAAGCCGACGCUCAGUCAGGUGUUGGUGUUUUUGGCAAGCGGGUUCAAAGAGUUGCCCGCGAACGGCGCCCUCCUGCUCUACCUGUCCGCGGACGGAUGUUUUUCGACCACGAAACAUCCCGAAGACAUGGGUUACGACCUCGGAGGCGUGUUGACCAGCACAAAACGCGACGGCGAACACAAAAAGACGAAAGAAAUUCACUGCCUUUAUCCGGGUGACCUGUACCCGUUCACGAGACGUCCGAUGUUCGUCAUCGUCGACUCGAACAACAGUUUCGUGUUCCAACACGUGCCGAGGUACUUCGGGCAGCCGCUGGUGACGCUCAUGUCGCCCCAAGAUGCGCCGCCCGCGUUCCACGAGCAGCAGCACAACGGGUCCCUGUUCACCCUGUUCCUCCAUUCUCCAUUAACUGCCUUUUGUUACUGCUGUAACAUCACUAGUAUAGCGAUCCACCACUGGGAGCGGUGCCAGAGCUACGUCGACCGCUUCGUCACCGAGGCGUCGCGACUCUUCACGCGCUCGCGAGUUGACGUGUCGUAUUUGCAAUUCUUCGGCGACGACUUUCUGAGGCUGCUGCUGUUGCGCUACGUGUUCUGCGACGUGGUGUUGCACCUGCACAAGUCGUUCCGGGGGCGCCAGUACCGGCCCAGGUGCCAGCCAGCCUUGCCCGAAGCCGAGCUCCUCGAGCACCCGUCCCUCCAGCACCUGGUGCUCGAUCUGGCCGCCCACCUCGAGGUCAAGGCGCACUUUUUGGACGGCCACGAGCUGGAAUGAUCGAGGGUUCCUUCCUCAUGGGCGGCACCAACCGGACCAACGGCCGAUACGUCACGAACGCGGGACCAUGAGGACGAUUUAAACGAUUCGAUGGCGAAUUUAAUGUUGGUCGCGCUUCGAAACUUCACCGUUUUCGGAUUAUUCUAGGUACUCGAUUCCGUUCACAAUUCUCGACGUCGAUUCGGUUCAAUCGACACUUGUCCGGUUUCCGCUUUAAAAGCAACUCCCAGCAGAUAUCGUCGAAAUCACACCCACACAGAUACAAACACACACACACACACACACACACGUACACACACGCGCGCGCGCACCGUCGAAAUGGCGUCCAUCGCGGUCACAGAUAGCAGAAGGCACGCGCAAUGUGACGUCGUCACAGCUCAACCUAACCUAGUUGUUACCGAAGAAUGAGAAAAAGAAACUUUUGAGGUGUAUACCAUGCUUCACACAAGAAAAUUGGGAUAUUUAGACCAUAUAAUGAGGAACCAAAAGUCUUUUGCCAAAGAAGACCUGAAAGUACCUCAGAACUUGAACUCAGAACGUCCCCAGAAGGGAGUCGCUAAGGUUCGGUCCAAAAUUAUUUCAAUUAAAAUUGCUUGGAGAAAGUCUAUAUAAGAUUUAAUGGAUCCAACCAUAUUAGUGGAUAAGGAGCUGGUUUUUCACCCACUAAAUUGUGAUGAACUGAAGAUUUAAGGCGGUCUGAACAUAUUUUGAGAAAAUACUGCCGUGAAGAUGCCGCAUACAAACGAUAUUGACGAUCUCUUUGCGGCCACUAGGUUGUUGAAUGCUGCAAGGUUAUUUAUUAUUACAUAAAUGCAAUGAAUUGAUAGUCGUAAGUAAAGAAAGGCGAGACACAUUUUCAAUUGCAAUAAACUGGGUAGUACUCACGCAAACUCGAUUUCGUACAAAUAAACCAGUGGAUAUUUCACACAACGGAACCAAAAAUAUUUUUGAGUUACGCGGGUUAUUCUGGCGGCUUUCCUUUAGUAGUUUGGAACUUGGAAUGUAAAAUUUUCGAAAACCUUUACGCCUGAAGUUUACGUUUUGAUUUUACUAUCUGUGACCGGAGACGCGUGAAAAUGCGGCCGCAAUUCCACCCUUAAAUGUAAAUAAAAUCGCGGCGGCACUUAUUUUUCGAGUCGAAAUCUCCGCGGCAUCAUUUUAAGCGGUUAUUUUCAAGUUCCUACGGGUCGAUUGUCCCGAACUGUGUCGUUGUUUAACUGGUCCGUAUUUUUGGUCGGUUUAGAAUCACGCUUCACGAUUUGACAGUGCAAAAGCACGGUAUUAACGUGGAUUUUUUGAAGUUAGUCAUAAAAUAUUGACCUUUUUGUGCGAUAAUUUGCCCGCGGGGAACUAGAAGACAAACCUCGGGCCGUAGACGUUUCAGCAACCCCCCUCUAGUACUUUUUGGUUCUCCGAACCCGCUUCGUAUAUUGUAAAUAUAUAAGAGUAAUUUUGAGAAUUUUCUAAAUAAAUUCCCGCCGAAUUCAAAUGGGUAAGAAUAGCAGCGAGCGUUGUGUAAUUCUAGAUUUUGAUGGCGCAAGGGUUCAAAUUAAAUGAGAUAACUCUCGAAAUCUAGAAUAAUUGACAAUGUGGCCGGCGACCUCAUCGCAGCGCGGGGCGCAUAUUGUAGUAAAGUCUGUAAAUUUUCAAAGGAUCAUUUUAUAACAUAUUUAGAAAUAAAUGUUAAUGACAAUUAAAGCAGUUAUUACUUAGUGUCUUUGGGUUUGGGCGAGUGGCCCAGAGAC